AUGGCUUGCAUAGUGAGGCGUGUCGAAAGACGCUCCACUCCAAGAUGUGCGGAACAAGGAGCCGUGGAACACGGAACGUUGAUGGAUUCAAGGGAAGCCAAGCCGAGCGAACUUCGAUUGCCUCAAGUUGGACAGAAAGUCACCAUCUCAGGGUCCCGCAGGAGGCCAGAUUUGAAUGGCCUCCAAGGAGAGAUUCUGGGCGACAGUGAUAACGCUGGUCGUUUGGAAGUCCGGGUAGAUCGCCCCGGAGGUCCUGGUCGAAGGCGCAGCAUGGCCCAGCAUCCUGGCGCGUUGCAUGGCGCAGAUGCGCAUCAGCGGCCAUCGUCUCUCCAGAUCAUUGUCAAUGGCUGGCAUUUCGGCGGCUUCGACCUGAGGUCCAUGCCCUCGCGGGCGGAUACUCAGCCCAUGAUCUUGAGAGAGCUGGUGCGACCCAAGGAGCAGUCUGAACUUGCCUUCUUCUGCACAGACACAGCUGCUGGGUUGUGUUGUGAUCAACGCCUGCUGCAAAGAGUGCGACGGCGUCAAGCUUUAUCGCCUCUGGUGCCUGCAGAGGCGGUGUUACGAGCCUUUCCGGACGCAACCAAGGCAGCCCUUUUGGUGCUCGCGGAGCAUACCUUGACCAGUGCAGCCUGUGGUUCCGCGGUGGUUUGGGCCAUUCGGGAUCAGCAAAUCUUGCUGAGCACCUCAAGAAAAGCUCAUGAGGAGCUUCGCUCCUUUUCCCUCUGCUUGAGGCCUGGGGAUGUGGUUGCCAUGGCAGAUGGACAUCACCGGUUGUCUCGUGUCAACAUCAUGAAACGGGUCCGAGGCGGAUCUUCUGAAAUUGGCGAUGGAAUGUUCGCCUUCGGCCAUGGUCUUGAGGUGUGA